CCCCAUCCAUUUGCUGUAAAUGUUCCGCGUUCGAACUCCAAAGACAGUUCCAGAGACAGAGAGAGCGGUACUUUUUCCAUAAACAUAGUCUUUGGUUUACUUUAAGAGCUAUUCAGAGAAUUAUUUAAAAUGGAAUCUGAGAUUGAGUCAGUGACAGCUUUGUGGUCUCAAGAACAAUUGACAAUGAAAAGUAAACUCAUCAUUUCAAAUACUGAACCGUGGCAAACAGAUCGAAAGCUCAACCUUGUUGGUGGAAUGGACAUUUCAUUCUGCAAAACUGACUCUUCUAUAGCAAUUUGCACACUAGUUGUGUGUAGUGUCUCCCAGCAGUUAAAGGUUGUUUAUGAGGACAGCUUGCAUGUUAAACUUUCUACUCCAUAUAUUCCUGGCUUUCUUGCAUUCAGGGAAUUUGAGCCUUGCUUGAAUUUAUACACAAAGCUGACUUCCAAGCAUCCAAAACUGAUUCCUCAAGUACUUAUGUUUGAUGGAAAUGGAAUCUUACAUCCAAGAGGAUUAGGACUUGCAUCUCAUUUUGGUGUCUGCACAAAUACCUGCACUAUAGGAGUGGCGAAAAAUCUGUAUCAAAUGGGAAGCAUUCUACGAGACGAGAACCACUUUUCCCAAAUAAAUUCGCUCAGUGCGCCGGGCGAUCAUUUUUUUAUUAAAAAUUCAGCAGGAAAUGGCGGCGAAAUUUUAGGAGCAGCUUUGAAAACUACUCAAGAGGCAAAACGACCAGUUUACAUUUCAAUAGGGCAUCGAAUUGGACUUGAGACGGCAAUUUGGGCUGUCAUGCAAUGUAUUAACCGAUAUCGCAUUCCUGAACCAACGCGACAAGCCGAUAUUCGAUCUAGACAUUUAGUUAGAAAGCUGGAAGAAAGUAAAAAUAAAAAUGUUGACCAGUAUCCGCCGAAAAUAUCUUUUCAUUGAAUUCCUUUAUUAUUGCUGUUUUCCAAGCAAAAAAAUGUAACUAGACAUGUUAUUUGAGAAUUUAAA